ACCUACGCUACACUUACUACAAUAGGCGAUCCUUCACGAUACACAAGUGUAUCCCUUGCCAGGCACUGAUUACUGAUAUGCCUCCAGCUCGCUCAUUCCCAUGGCCACGAUGCUUCACUGUCCAAGCCAUCACGACGACAGCGGCUUGUCCGGCCGCUCCUGAGGCUGUUAUUCGAUUUGUUUAUUAGUUCUACCACCACAUCGAUGACUUCAACGGCUCUCCACAAUCCGGUUUUUCUCGCGUACCUCCGGCGUCGUUGGCGAGGUUUUUGGUGAAUGCAUGGCUGCCACAAACCUAGCUGUUUCACGAGUGUUUGGCUUUCACCAUGAAAGUACGGAGGUUGUUCAUGAGGAAGCCAUCGGAAAGAGGGAUACGAACAGAUACCAACCAACGUCUGAAGUCCCUAGACGCCAUCGGCAAGACAGCGUCUCUAUACGGACCCUCGACAACCCCUAUUCACCCAAAGUAUCGGCAACAAGUACUCUCAUCGACGACACCAGUUACUCAGCGACUCUUCCCAAGCAACCUUCACUGCCACUGUCGGUGGAGGAGAUCCUGACUCUUACUAAGCCAACUAUUGAGAGGCUGCUUCAAGAUUCCGGAAGUGUGGGGGCUUCUAUGGGAGUCUUGCGCCAUGGCAAACAGCAUUUCCUGAAUUUGGGGGCCCGGGGUCUGGGAGUCACCGCGGUUCCGGAUCAGAAGACUGUCUACCUCAUAUCAUCGAUGACGAAGCCAAUCAUCGCCACUGCAGUGGGUAUUCUGAUGGAUGACUUUCCGAGGUACCAGCUGGACUUCGGCACCCGUGUUUCAGCUGUCCUGCCGGAACUCAAAGGCAGUCCCGGUAUGCUGAAGACAUACACCAAGCAGGAGCUCACCAUUGGCGACCUUUUAGACCUCCGCUCCUCGUUUCAAUGGAUGACGAACUUGUGGGAGAGCCCUGAUGGUGAUGUUCCAUGGAGAACGACAGACCCGGUUGUAUCCCUAUUACAACAUCUUCCAGUUAACGACACCUAUACGUCUCAUGAGGCGUUCGUCUACAAUCGGAAUUACUCCAACGAGUGUUUUGCCUUGUUAGCUGCAAUUAUCGAGAGGAAGACUGGGUACUCCUGGGCAAAAUUCGUCCGUCAAAUGGUCUUGGAACCUCUCGCGAUGCACAACACCUUCGCCGGGUUAUCAGAAGCUGAGAGAAAUGACAUGUCCAGAACCUUUGCCAAGUCACAUUCGGUUCAGGUGCCGGGGAUCAUGCCGGAACUCCUGCAAUGCACAGAUGCAGACGGGGUAAUCUGCAGGGCCAAGAUCACGAAAUGCUUCGAGAGACACCACGGCCACAUUCCACAAUCCGUUGAGAUUCUCCCAUCGCAAGCUUCAAACGCCGGUGCUGUGGGGCCAUCACCUCUCGCUGCGGCAGCAGGCAUUAUGUCUACGACAUCCGACCUCCUCAAAUUCUACAGAAAGAUUAUGGAUGUCUACGCCGAACGACAACGGCAGCAGGGUAGCAAGCUGUUUCCAUUCCCGGGCCAUAUCAGUACCCCUCUCGAGCGCGGCAUGAACCAUCUCUUUGCCCACAUAGAGAGCAGACUCUCUCCUGAUCCAUUCAGCAGAACAUGCACCUACACCGGCGGUUGGAAUACCGUCACCGUGCCAUUGACUUCCGAAGAGCGAAACGCCUCCCCUAGACCACGAUGGCCAGGCGCAGACGGAGACAACGCCAGACGACUAGAGAGCGCUAUCCAGAGCAAGGUCCACGGCGACGACCUGGAUUAUACCUUCUUCGUCACGAAGCCCGAACCUCACGUCGCCGAGAUCAACACCGAAACCGAAAAGCCCCCCAUCACCGACCCAAGCGAGAGCAAAAAACACCUCGCCCUCUACCACGGCGGUAACAUGGUCGGCGCCACAUCCUUCUGCUGGUUGCUACCUGACCACGAGACAGCCGUGGUGGUGCUCUGCAACACAAGAGGGUUCUUGCUUGAUGCCGCGAAUCUGAGCGGCAUGUUGCUGGCUGAGUGUCUUUUUCUUGCCGAGUCGGACUCCCGCCACGACACGGGAUCACUAGUUGAGGCGGUGAGGAUGGCUUGUGAACACACGGAAAGAAUGGCGAGAGCGAUACAAAUUGACUAUUUGUACGAUCUGGCGAGGUACGAACACCAUCUUGCAUCACGGUUCCGUGAACUGGACCCAGCUUCAAACGGAAUAGAUACGGAAGGGCUUGAAGGCAGAUACGAAUUUGCACAGGACGUCUUCAUCACCAUCACCGCAGAGAAAAGAGGCCUAGUCCUACGUCUUUACGGUACCGGCUACGGGUACUUACUCCGCGAGCUGGACGACAAAAAAGCACCAGAGAAUGGCGGGCUAGAAAAGACAAUGACUUUCGCCCAACCGAUGGCGGAGCUAAUACCGAGCGGAGUCGGAGGGACUAACAGGUUGAAGGUGAAGGACUUUGUUGUGGUGUUCAAGCGGGAGAAGGCGGCAGGGGAGUGGGAGGGGUUUGAAUGGAAUUUUGCGAGGGGUAAGACGCCAAGGGAACGACGACGAGACACAACCCCGUACUUUUGGCGUCGGGCAAGGGAGAAAGGGACUUAGAGUGAUGGGUUGGAGACAUUGAAAAGCGUGGAAAUGUUUAAUGGUGGCAGAUGAGCAAAGGUGGGUGCGGUGUUGAGGAGUGUCGUUGAGUUGCUUGGGUGGUGAUUCAGUGGGAGCAUUACCUCUAGUGGUGAGUUUCUGUUCGAGCAUUGUACAAUCUGUAUCUCUCAU